AUGGAGGCGAGCGGCAGUCGGGGCCGGAGCGGGAGCGCGGUCCCCAAGCGCCGCAGAGGCGUCGGCGCGGCUACUGGCUCCGAGUCGACGGCGCAGUCGCUGAACGACGACACCCUCCGGUCCGUCUUCUCCCGGCUGGACAACCACUUCGACCUCGCCCGCUGCUCCGCCGUGUGCGGCUCAUGGAAUAGGAUAAUUGAAACAGCUCAUCUCAUGAGGGAUCUGUAUUACAAAAGGAAUCCAUCAGCAAGAGGUUCAAGCUCUAACGUUUCUGUAAAAAGUUACUUUGAGAUGCUUGCCAUGGAUGAGCAUGCAUCCUCUUUCUCUAGAGGACCUGCUGAAGCUUUUCAGUGGAUUGGGCACCCAAUACGGGCUACCUUGUGCCGUAUGAAGGGUGGUUCAAUUUUAACUGGAGUUGGAGAUAAGAUUCUCCGACUUUGGUCUGCUGAAAGCUGCAAAUUUAUGAAUGAAUACAAUGUGCCAAAUUCUAAAACAUUAGUCGACUUCGAUUUUGAUGAAAAUAAGAUUGUAGGUUUAACUAGCUCCCAGAUUUGCAUAUGGAGACGCAGUGAACCAAGAAGCAUAUUUCAAUCUGGUGGAGCCUCAUUCAAUCAUGGGUUAUGCAUGAGUUAUGCUGAUCCAGAGGUUGUAAUUGGUUGUGAGGAUGGUCGAGCCUUUGUAUAUGAUAUGUACAGCAGGAGUUGCUCAAGCAUUUAUCGGCUUCAUUCCUCUCCUGUGACAUGCUUGGCAUUAACAGAUGACCAGCUGAUUGUUGGUGGUUCGACAUUUGGAACUGUAGCUAUCAUGAGAUCAAACCUCAGGGCAGAAGUUAGGUGUUCUGAAAUCAGCUUAUGCACCAUUGGCAAUAAGAUCCUUAUCUUUCUGCACAAAUUCACACAUGAUAUUUGCUGGGUCAUCGGCUGGUUAUGCUCAUUGCUGGGACUUAAGUUGUUCUUGCUCAGGACUUUGAGGCCUCUCUGGGAAAAAAGAGUCAGUCCAAACGUCAUCUACAGCACAUGUCAUUUGCCUGGUGACACGGCAACGCUGGUAGUUGGAGGCAUCGACGGCGUGCUUCGUGUUAUGUGCCAAAGAACCGGUGAAACCAUUCGAUGUCUUGUCGUGGACGCUGACCGCCCAGCAGAAGCCGCAUCUAGAUCUAGGCAGCAAAUAGAGAAGAAACCUGUUCGCAGGAUUGACCCUGAUGCACAGGUUGACAGCAUCCCGAGACGCUUGCGCCCUCAGAUUACCAGCCUGUCGGUUGGUAUGAAGAAGAUUGUGACCAUGCAUGGCGAAAACUACAUCCGGGUUUGGAAGUUUCGCCCGAAAAGCUCGUGA